AUGGCCUCGAACCCCACCUCCGCCGCCACCUACCAAGGUCACCUCACCGCCGGCGACGGCAUGCUCGCCUCGCGCCUCCACAAACCCACCCACCCUUCGCUCGUCCAGGUCGUCUUCAACAACGGUUCCUACAACUCUCACCUCAUCUCGCUCCAAAAUUUCUCCCGAGGCGACCUGAUCACCCCCUUCUCACCCCACGCCGACUUUGCUUCCACCAAGUCCUACUCUACCGUUCAGACCGGUCCUUCUACGCACAUCGAGCUCAACUCGGAUCUUCUCUACUGCAACCACUCGUGCGAUCCCAACGUCGCUUUUGUCAUUGGAGAUGCAAAAGACAAGUCGACGUGGAAGGCGAGAGCGGAAAAGGAUAUCAAGAAGGGUGAUAUUUUGACCUUCUUCUACCCAAGUACCGAAUGGCAAAUGUCCCAACCUUUCGACUGCAGCUGCGGCUCCUCCAAACACUGCCUCGGAAACAUCGACGGCGCACACUCGAUCGACCCGCGAACGUUGAAGAAGUACUUUGUCAACGACCACAUCCGCGCGCUCAAGAGGAAUCAGAUCGAGAACGACGCAAAGUUGGAUGCGGAAGAGAAGCAGGAAUUGCUCAAGCUGCUCUCAUAG